UUGAAUGUAGUGACUUGUGUCCUGUUUUGUGAUCUGUCUUGGCCAUCACUUCCGAGAGACUGACAAGGCUGGCUUAAAAAACCCGAGAAACAAAGGAUUUUUUUUUCAAGAGCUCCCUACUAGACACAGUCAAUUAUCACCCCUGAUGUUGAGAUCCUCACGAUCAUCCGAUAAAACUGAUACUUCGGAAUGGAGCAAGUGCAUCGGAAUAUUCUAAUCAAUUUGCGGGAGACAAUUGUCCAAGAUUUGGACGUUACAAAUGGUGUCAUAGAUCACCUGACCAAGUAUAACAUCCUGAAGCCUGAAGAUAUUGUUGAGAUAUCGUCCAGGACAACUGCGAUCGAGAAGGCUAGACGUUUAUUGGAUAUACUUCCCAACCGUGGCCCUGGGGCGUUUUCGACAUUCCAAAAGGCAUUGGAACACCACUAUCCCUGGUUGAGUAAGGCCAUGAGCAAAUCACUUGUUUCUACUGGUACUGAUGCUGUUGACUCGACUGAUGCGAGAAAUCCAAUACUACCACCGAUUUCUUCAUUGACAGUUAUCAGACAGCACAAGAUGAAUCAGUUGCAAACUGCACUGAGCGAAGUCAAGCCUGGGGGUUAUGUAGUCAUUCACGGGAUGAAAGGAUUUGGAAGAUCUCAUUUAGCUGUCAGCGUCCUGAAUAAAGAGAUGAUGCACAAAUUCGAUAAUGAAAUAUACUGGAUCAAAUUUGGAUUCAAGGGAGAGGCCUCCCAACCAACCGAUUGCCUGGAGGAUGAAAUACUGAAACAACUGAAUAAACUCUACCACCAGGUAAUAAAUGAUCCCUAUGCUUUGGCCAAUGACAACAACACUGGCUUCGGUAAGCACCAUUUGGGAAAAUUUUUGAAGAAUUACUUCAGCACCGAUCACCAUCGCAAUGCUCUACUCGUUCUCGACGAUGUUUGGGAUAAUGCAAUCAUCGAAACAUUUGACUUCAACUGCAAGACAUUAGUGAUAACCACGGACAUAGAUCUGCUGGGUAAGCGGCAUAAAGAGGUCGUCGAUUUGAAUAAAGGUUUUACAGAGCUUGAGAGUUUAGAUUUAUUCGCACAAGUUCUAAACGUGGAAAUCAACGAAUUACCUCAACAAGCAAAAGACAUUCAUCACGCGUGCAACGGUAUUCCAAUACUGAUCCACCUCGUCGCAGCUCAAUUUUCCGACUUCAGGGAAGCAAUGACCGGUGACAGUAAGCAAGAAUUUUGGAACUAUUACUUGGACUGCCUUCGUAAGAAAGACAGUAAGUUCUUCGACAUGCAAGAGGCAAUUUUCGACAUGUGCAUCAAUCGUCUUCCAGAAUCCGCCCAGACACGUUACAAGAAUCUAGCGAUUUUCAGUGAAGACGUCAACAUCAGUUCCAAAACCCUCGAGAUACUGUGGGACACGACUAUUCCCAAUGCUGACAAGUGGAUGAAGGAUCUCUGUAACAAAUCCCUGGUGGGAAGACAAUGGAACCAGCAUCUCGAGACAUACAUCUACGGAGUUCACGAUCUACUCCUCGAUCAUCUCCGGAAGAAGUUAGCUCCAAAACAGCUGUUAGACAUGCACAAAGACUUCAUCAAUAAAUACGAUAAGUCCUGCAAUGGUGACUUUUCGAAAUUACCAAAGGACAACUACAGUUUCUCCUACAUUGGACACCAUCUGGAGCAAGCGGAAAUGGCAGGAAAAUUCCCAGUUCUCUAUUUGGACUUCAAUUUUAUCUGUGCUAAAAUAUGUAACAGUGGAAUUAAUGAUCUUCUGAUUGAUCUCAAGAAGUACCGAAAAUACAUCACCCAAGAUACUCUCGAGCGCGAGGCCAAAGUAGUCGACGUGGAGAAGUUCGUGAAGGCGCAGGUGAAAAUUCUAGUCGAGCAUCGCAGGCGAGACUGCUUGAACUUGGUUCAAAUUGGCAUGAAUUAUGAUAUACGAGGAUAUGUUCACGAAACAGCUAAAAGGCUCGCUGAAUUUCAACCAAUGCACUUAUACUUGUCUCACGAGCAACAGUAUCGAAGGGAGGAGUCUCCCAACGGGGACGAGGUCCCUAUCGAACUGACUACAGUAAAUUUCACUAAUAAUCCAAAUCAUAUUUUACUCGGUAGUAAUCACGGUGUUGUCAUCCUCUGGGACAUGAAGAAUCGUCGACAGUUUCCGUUUUACGGCCACGAGAAGAAAUCAAAAAUUCUCAAAGUCAUUGUAUCAGAGCGGGGAGACUUCUUCGUGGCAUUGAACGAUCAAGGGGUUGUCAAACGAUUCUCCUUGGAUGCUGAGAGCGAUGACGAUAACUCGAGUGACGAAGGCAGUCAUGUGCACACACCUCGCGAGAAGCAAAUCUCAUACAGUUACAUUCAUAAAAUCCCAGAAGAUCAGAGCUGCACAACUUACAGUCUUAACGAUCUCUAUAUCACAGACAUUGCUCUCAGUCCGGAUGACAAGAGAUUGGCUGCUUGCGGCAAAAAAGGUUACUUUCGUGUUUGGGAGAUUAACGGAACAAUCCUGUCCACAGGACAAGUGGACGAACGGGCAACUGAUCGUCUAGCAUUUGCCCACAACAUACCUCUGUUGUUCUUCGUCGAUGCUGAGGAAGGAGUCAUCGUAGUUUAUUCUCCCGGCAAUAAUUAUAAAUAUAAUUAUCUGUCGACAUACCGCCCGGGGAGGAACACGGGUGAAGUGUGGAAGGGUCUCAAAGGAAAGAAGGCCAUUUAUUUCAAUGAAAUCAAGACUGACCCUUCCUGCUCUAUCCAAAUGCUUCUCGUGACCAAUUUGGAGACAAUAUGUGUUCGGUGGAAUUGCACAGAUCAGGGUCAAUUAUCGAAUCCUUCAACGCAGAUCAACAUCCGCAUUGAUCCAGAAUUGAAUCCAGACACAGAGUUUACAGCUGCAACAUUGACACAUCAGGAUCAGUACAUAGUGAUUGCUGACUCUAAGGGCUUCAUAAGGGUCUACGAGGAUUAUAAUAAUAUCAAUCCGAAGGCGGAGUAUUCGGGGAAAGCCAUCUCCCUGGACAGUUACUAUAUUGCCAACGACUCACACUCAAUCAUCGCAGGUUUCAAUCAUCUGACUUACAAGUGGUCAUUCCAAUGUGAGUCCAAUUUACCUCAGUCUGUCAGAAUUCCCAAGUUUGAUGCCCUCAUGAAACCACUUGAGCAGCCAGAUAUUGUGGUUCAAGUGAUGGGUAAAAAAAUUAGAGUCUUCAAGGGACAUGAUGCAAUCGCAGAAACUGAUAGUGAUGGAGACAUCAUUGAUCUCAGUGUCUGUCAGGAUGGAGAGCGAAUUAUGUACGUGGAAAAGAAGGGUCAUCUCGAGGCUUUCGCCUAUGAAAUCAGAAUCUUCAAUUACCAAACCAAUCAAGCUAAAUCAAUUCACAGUCUCAACAGGUACAGAGGACCCAUCAAAUUUCUACAAGUAAAUGGGUCACAUGUACCUGUCUGGAAGAACGGGGAUAAUCUUAAGAUUGCUGUUCAGUCGAAUGUUUGGGCUGAAGCUGUGGCCACAGGAAACGUGAUUAAUCUUCAUACCAUCGAGGACACAUACGUUGUGACUGUAUCUGAUACCGGAAAAAUCAUCAUUUGGAAGGUUUUCGACGCUAAUUGGGACAAUAUCUGUGAACUGCCAGGAAGCCAAUGUCCCAAUGUUUGUUUUAGCGUGCUCAAUUCACAAGAAAACAUGCUCACUUUGCUCAAGACUACCGGAGAGAUGACGAUUUAUAAUAUUGAAAGAGAACGUACUAGGGAUACGGUUCGCAUGGUUAUUAGGAAACGCAUUUCAAAUAAUUACCCCAACCGAUUGACUUGUUGUAGUUUUUCACCUGAUGGCAAGUUCUUGGCUGUGGGAAUGGCCGACGGCUUGAUAAGUAUUUACGAUGUCGAAUUGGACAGAAUUUAUGUAGAGCUGUCUCUGCACUGUAACCCAGUGCUGCAAUUUCACUGGGCACCAGAGGCCAUCGGCGCACCUAUCCUCCUAUCAGUGAAUUGUGACGACAUGGCCUGGUGGAAUAUUGCCCUCACUCAGGAUGAGAAAAAGAUGAACAGACGAAGUCGCACUGGUGUGCCAAAGAGUUUAACAACUCCAACAUUUGGGAUGAGUCCUCGUGGUAGCAUGAGAAUAUCAGCGAGUCAAUCAGCUGCAGCAAUAUCGGAAGUGGCUAAGAGACUGGAGAAUAGUGGAAUUGGAGAGAGGAAUGAGAGUGAUGAGGAGAAGACACGUCAAUUUUGGGCCUCUAAGGUUGCUAAAUAUAAUAAUAAACCUGGCUUACUCGGGCUAGUUCAGUUGCCACAUAGCUGUCAGCCAAAGGUAUGUGUCUCGAAUGAUUUUAAAAAAUUUCUACUUGUCGAUGUUCAUGGAUCUACCAACACUUACAAGCUAUUUGGACUGUGAUUACGAUGAUCUAGACUUUAGGGGAGUGAAGAGAGUAGAGUAUUGUUGAGAGAAAGAGUUCUAUUGUGACAUUGCAACACUGAGAGAGGAAAAGAUUUCUAGGAAUGGAAAAAUUCUGAAGAAUCCAUCCAUUGAAAUAACAAUUUGUGGCAAUAAAUUUUCACUUCCAGAGAUCUCCUUUUCCUCUCGAUGAAUGACAAUGUUUGGAGAAGGUAUGUAAAUUUAAUUAAUUGCUCUCUGAGCCCAAAUUCCGUGAUUGAAAGGAAUAAGAUGUCUAAUACUUCUGGAAAUAUUGGUAAAAUUUAUUGAAAUCAAACUGUGAAUUACUCUUAUUCCUCUUAAUCACGAAAUUAAUGAACAAAAGAGAUAUCAGAGGUAUACCUCGUGUUUUAUGCAAAAUAUCAUUUCAUGUUUUUCUAUUGAUUUUAUUUCGAUAAAUUUUUCAUAGGUCCAUUAAACUCUGAGAGAUUACUUGGACUUAUAAUCAUGUGCUAAAGAUAAUCUACUAGUAUAUUUUGUACGUAGCUUCUCAAUGACGAUAGCUACUUAUUUCUCAAUUAUUCUGUACAAAUAUAUGUGCCUUAGAUAAUUAUGAAAACAAAAAUGGAGAGUAAUCAACAAUUUCGAAGAGUCCAUUUCCUGUUUUUUUUUUGCACAUAUUGUUGCGUAGCUAUUGUACAAGUCGUGAUGGUUGCAUUUGUGGGAAAACUACUGCAUUUAUUUUACUCUUAUUGGUACUGAUAAUAGCAAUGGUCUCCCGAUCUCAGAUAUUUUUUAAUCAUCGACCAGUAAUUACUGGAAUUCCAAUGAAUUAGUUCAUUCAACCUUCGAGCCAUUAACGACUAACGAGCCAUAAUGAUAAAAUUAAGCAAUAGUGGAGGGAGAGGGAAUGAAAUUACAAUAAUGCAAUUGUACAUUUGGAAUAAUUUCCAUGAAUGAUUUGGUUUUUCUUCACACUAAUCUGUGAAUCAUAUUCUUUCGUAAUAUAAUCUAUUUAAUUUUAUGACUGUAUUAAGUUAAAUUAAUUAAAUCUACUUAAAUUCAUUUAUAAUCAGUAAUCAAUGCUUCAGUAUCUGUCAGUUGAUUAUGGUCAUUUUGUCGUAAAUAUACCAUAUUUUAACGUACUUUUUUACCACAUUUACACUCUUCCAUGGCAUGCAAUGCAGUAUUAGGUAACUAUUGAAAAAAUUAAGUGUCAGCUCAAUGACUAGACAGAAUAUUCCAUUAUUUUAAUAACUUUUGUAUUGUUUUUUAUGUAAUAAUCACGUCAAAAUAAUACUCUGAUGCCACAAAUCGGCGGUGCAAAGGAAAUUCUAUUGAAGAUUAAAUUGAUACUCUUGAGCAUGAACUUUUCAAAGUUUUUCUGCUGCAUUUUUUCAUUUCUCAUAACAAAAUCCAAGUGAAAAAUACGCUAUGGAGAAAAACAAACAUCUAUUGGCUCCAUUAAAUCAAAAUUAUAUAAUUUUCGAUACAAGUCUCAAUAGAAUUUCAACAGAAUUCACGUAGAGUUUCAAUAGAAUUUCCUAAAAAAAACUAGACUUUUCCAUUAACUUUAUUCAUCUGUCCACUAACACGUGCUAUCCGAUGCAAUCGGGCCUAGUGUAAUAAAAAAAAUUAUAUAUGUGAUUCAAAGAGUUUUGAUGUCAAUCGAAUCUUCUUUUGUAUUAAGUUUUUUUUUAAUCAAUGUAUAUCAUCAAGUUAAUAUAAUAUUUUGAAUUAUCAGACUGUAUAUUUUAUUUCAUCGUUAAAAACAUUCUGAAUAAAUUUUU